AUGAUAUGUUAUGUCGAAUUAUGGAAUUUCCUGACUGAAUGGUGCCAUCUUCUCGGUGGCGAUGGUCAAGAACCAUAUGAUAUCGUCAACAUUUUGGUGUUAUUUCCCGAAAUAGUACAAUCUUGCGGAUCAUUUCAAACCAGUAAAAGACAGGAUGAUUACGACAAUGAUUUGAAGCAUGUUACCAGCCUGGAGCCUACUGUACGAAUUAUUUGGCAUGAAAUAGGCAAUCCAAAUACUUGCGAAUUGGGAUACAAGGGUUAUCAGAAAAAUUAUCGAAUAUCACCCGAUCUGGGAUAUUAUAUUGGAUGCCAAAAAGCUCUUUCACAAUACAUAUCACAGUUAGCUAUCCGAAAGACACCGAUUUGGAAUACCAGUAAUGCAAACUGCCCACUGAAAAGCUUACCGAAAAAUUAUGAGGAUUAUCUAGCAUGUGAUUUCACACACGGCAAAUGGUCAGUAAGUUGCGACGAUGCGGAAUUUUCAUUAAAUAUAAAUGCAAACUGGUCGCAACCAAUUUCAUUCAUCAUUCAUUAUCGCAUCCGUCUCGAUAAUCAUAUACAUUAUAUGAGUUUGAUAGCAAAUCGUACAGUGGACGACUGGAUGACCGAUACAUUUGUUUUGAUUCCAUCAAAUGCAAUUCAUGAAAUGAGCUGGGAAUCGUAUGGGCAUCAUUUUGAGAACUGUAUUCCAUUCCAAAUCGAGCAGAAAUGCUUCGAAAGUAAUGAUGCGCACUUGCCCGUGAAGAGAAAUAUCUUUAUGAUACUGGUCGUUGUGAAUUUGUAUUUAUUAUAA